AUGACCUACACCCGCUCAAUCCCCUUCGCCCUUUUCACCUUGUUCGGCACAGGCUUGUCGCAAGUCGUGAAGGGCCCUGAGUUCGAUAAGCCUAAUGGCGGCCCCCCAGGAAGCUACUUCGCUGCUGGAUCGUCUAUCCCUGUCGCUGCUUUGAAGAGCGCUGCUGCUAAGGCUAGCACUCCUGCAAAGGCUGCAACCUACCCCAUCAAUGGCGAUGGCGGUGCUAAGAAGGUGACCAUCCAUAGCGAUUGGUCCAACUUCAGCGAGGGUGCGGCAUUUGUUUGGACCGCGGAUAUGGACGUCGACUGCGAUGGCCUUGACUACAAGUGUGUUGGAAACCCUGAUGGCCAGCCACAGACCAACUUCGGUGCUCUGGCUGCCUAUGAAGUGCCAUUUAUUGUGAUCCCAGACACCUUCGGAAACACCUAUGAGAAGGUCCUUGAGGGAAACAACAUCGGUGCUGUUAUUUGUGAUGGAAAGAUGUUCUACGGUAUCUACGGAGAUACCGAUGGCGAUGACCCCGAGGUUAUCGGUGAGGCCUCGUGGCUGAUGGCCCGGACCUGCUUCCCCGAUGAUGACUUGAAUGGAAACAGUGGCCAUGAGCAGGCUGAUGUGACCUACAUCCUCUUCACUGGUUCCGACUCGGUGCUGCCCAGCAGUGCUCUCAACAAGAACUACAUCACUAACUUCACCACUCUGCGCUCUAUGGGUGAUAAGCUCAUGACUGCCCUUGCGAAGAACCUGAAGCUCGGAGGCGGUGGUGGCACCCCUACUACCACAUUGAAGCCCACAACUACCUCUGGCCCCGGACCUACUGGAGAGCCUUGCGAAUGGGAAGGACACUGCGCCGGUGAUGCUUGCUCCGAUGAGAAUGACUGCUCGGGUCAACUUGUCUGCAAGAGUGGAAAGUGUGCCGCUGAAUGA